AUGCCCACUGCGGUGGAUCGAUUGCUUGUGUCCGAUCAAAGGGAUCUUCAAUGCAAUACUCCUGUCCGUUGCACUCAGCGAAUUUUUCGUUUACAAUUUCGCCAUCCAACCACUCACGAAAUGAUUCCACGCACUUUACUGCUUCGUCAACUGGAACACAUUGUGAACGCCGUACGUGAUGUUACUUCCACUGCGCCUCCUGUCGGCUUGUUCACAGGCCUACCGCGAGAUGCUUGGGGUCAACUCAACGCCUUACUGCGACAAAAUUCCGUCAACUCAGCAAUUUUGGCUGAUCUGGAGCAUAGUCUCUUCAUUCUUUGUUUGGACGACACGGCUCACUUGCCCACCAGCCAGCCUACGAGUGGCCCGAUCACAUUGGACCCACGUGAAACUGCCAGUGCAGCAAAUUUACUCCACGGCAAUUUGACUAACUCAGGGAAUCGAUGGUUCGACAAGACUCUACAAUUCAUCAUAUCCCGUGAUGGUUCGAUGGGCGUUAAUUUCGAACAUACACCUUCGGAUGCGGGAGCUUUUGUUCCAAUAACUUCUGAUGUAUAUAGUGCCUUCGAUGACCUGGUCACAGACGCGUCCGGUUCUUUGCCACAGUUCGCGUUUCCCAAAGAAUUAGACUGGAUUCCCUUUCCGAACAUGACAGAAGAGAUUGCACUUGCCUUUGAUUCGUUGAAGCAGUGA